AUGGUGAUUGCUGGUGCAUCUGAGCCAUCGCCAGUGCGCGCUGCCGCCUGGUCGGCUGUGGUCGCCCAGCCUCAGUCGGGGCCCGGAAAGGCGACCAUGCCGACGGAGCCCCUGCCGGCUCCGACGCCCUCGACAAUAGUCGCUGAAAAGACUCUUCCCCACGCACCCGCGGAUCCCCUUGCCGUGUCGGGGGCUGGCUCGUCUGUUCCUGCGGCUGCUCCGUCCGCUCCGCCAGCUGCUCCUGUUCCCCUGGCCCUCUUUGUCGAGCCGUUGGUGCCUGCUCCUGCUGGGGGUGUUGCUGAUCCCCCAGUUCUUGUCCCUGGCGCGCGCGUUGCACCGCCUGCUUCUGUCGCCGACGCGUCUGUACCGGCUUCUGUUUCGUCGCCGAAGGCGGCGUCCGCCACCACCGGCGGCCCGGCUCCGUCGGUUGCGCCCUCAGCGGCGGGGCAAUCUGCGCCUGCUGUGGCGCCGAUGGCCCCGGCAGGUCAGCCAUCACGUCUCCCGUCGCCUGACCGCCGACCGUCUCGCCCUCAUUCCCCCGCGCCCCACCAGGAUCGCAAGUCGUCUCGUCGCCGUCGUGAUUCUCCGCGGCGAUACCAGCAGCAGCCUCACUGGCCUGCUCACCCCGGUGAUCUUCAGCGGGAAGUGUCGAGGGCGGUACGUGAGGAGAGGGCGUCGCAGAGCCAGAGCAGUUCGAUGCGCGCCUCGCCGGCCCUAGAGGCUCCACGCCAGCCUGUGCUCCCGUUGAGUCCACCGCCUGUCGCUGCACCCCCUCCUCAGGUUCACAUCCCAACGGCUCCUGCUCCCGCUGUGUCGGCGCCCGCCCCUGGGGCGCGUCUUCGCUUGCCGCCGGUUCCGCCUGUUGCGGGGGUGGAAUUUGUGGCCGUUGGUGGCGGCGCGUUUGCGGCGCAGCAUUCGCAUCUCGCUGAUGAGGAUCAGCCGCUCCUGUUCCUGGCGGAGGCGCUUCAGCCUCCACAGACUCGUGUUCCGGAGGCGACACUCGGCCAACUCCAUCGCCUCGCUGAGAGUCUUCACGCGCUGCUGCUGAUUCAGGUGGUUGCACAUUCGUCUCUCCCCGUGAUCCCUCCUGAGUCUUUCCGUGGCCGCCAGCGUGACACUUGCCUGGACGCGGCAGACCAGCUCGCGGUGCUCCUGGCGCCCGUGCUGGCUGCGCCCGCGGAGGGAGGCGCUGCUGCUGCGGGACAGCAUGACGAGGCUGUCCGGGGCCUGAGGCGGCACUUGCGCGCUGGAUCUGGAGCCGCGUGUCAGAAUAUUAUGCUCUAG